UUGUCCCCUUUUCCUUGUCUCCUUCUUCUGCAUUUGCCGGGGAGGAUCCUGGAGUGUUCUUUUGAUCGACUCAAUCUUUCUCUGGCACUUGAGUUCUGAUUGGCUGAAGGACUUAGAAGGGGGGAAAAAAACUUUAAUUAAGUAGAUAAUCUCUUCUUUGGAAGUUUGGCAGCUCCAUUUCACCUCCCCUUAACUCUGUUUGGGAUCGCUUACACACCACGAAAGUUGGGACUUGAGGAGAAUUCCACCCCACUCCCACUGAGGAGUAUAUUUCCCCACCUUGUCUGGCUCCCACGUUUUUAGAAUUUUCUAUCUCUGUUGCUCCAGAGGAUUAUGUUGCUUACGAAGCCUUCUGUGUGCAUCUUCCUUUUCACCUGUAUCCUCCGACUCAGCUACACCUGGUCAGUGAACAAUUUCCUGAUGACGGGUCCAAAGGCCUACCUGAUCUAUUCCAGCAGUGUUGCAGCUGGUGCCCAGAGUGGUAUUGAAGAAUGCAAGUAUCAGUUUGCCUGGGACCGAUGGAACUGCCCCGAGAGAGCCCUGCAGCUGUCCAGCCAUGGUGGCCUUCGCAGUGCUAACCGGGAGACAGCAUUUGUACACGCCAUCAGCUCUGCUGGGGUCAUGUACACUCUGACUAGGAACUGCAGCCUCGGCGACUUUGACAACUGCGGCUGUGACGACUCCCGCAACGGGCAGCUGGGGGGCCAAGGCUGGCUGUGGGGAGGCUGCAGUGACAACGUGGGCUUCGGAGAGGCAAUAUCCAAGCAGUUUGUCGAUGCCCUAGAGACAGGACAGGAUGCUCGGGCAGCCAUGAACCUGCACAACAACGAGGCUGGCCGCAAGGCGGUGAAGGGCACCAUGAAACGCACGUGUAAGUGCCACGGAGUGUCCGGCAGCUGCACCACGCAGACCUGCUGGCUGCAGCUGCCCGAGUUCCGCGAGGUGGGCGCGCACCUGAAGGAGAAGUACCACGCGGCUCUCAAGGUGGACCUGCUGCAGGGGGCCGGCAACAGUGCCGCCGGCCGAGGCGCCAUCGCCGACACCUUCCGCUCCAUCUCCACGCGGGAGCUGGUGCACUUGGAGGACUCCCCGGACUACUGCCUGGAGAACAAGACGCUGGGGCUGCUGGGGACAGAAGGCCGAGAGUGCCUGCGGCGCGGACGGGCCCUGGGCCGCUGGGAGCGCCGCAGCUGCCGCCGGCUCUGCGGGGACUGCGGGCUGGCGGUGGAGGAGCGCCGCGCCGAGACCGUGUCCAGCUGCAACUGCAAGUUCCACUGGUGCUGCGCGGUCCGCUGCGAGCAGUGCCGCCGCCGGGUCACCAAAUACUUCUGCAGCCGCGCCGCACGGCCGCGGGGGGGCGCCGCGCACAAACCCGGGCGAAAACCCUGAGGGGCUCCUUGGCCCCCUCCUUUCCCCUUCUGUCCUAGGCUUCUUUUAGAGAGACCCCAGUGAUAGAGGAACCUAGGGAAUGCUCCCGCCCCAGCAUCCCCCUGCCCAGGGAUCCCAGGAGGGAGAGACACCACCAUCUCUCCAGUUUCCAACCCUUUCCCCACCCUUUCCCCCAAUUCUUCUGCGCUCUCCUCCAACUCUGUCCCCAUCAUCCUCACCCGCUACACUUAGGUGUGAGAACUCCCAGUCCUGAGAUUUUGAGCUCCUGAUCUUCCCUGGACUAGGGUGAGAACAGGCGCGUCUCCUCCCCUUCCCUGCUGCCCUAAGGCCUGGCCUGGCCUGGCUGAUGGAGCCUGUGGAAGAGCACAGCCCAGAUUCACAGGGCCUGGCCCUGGAAAGCCAUGCUUUUCCCUUUCACCCAUUUUCUUGCACCCCUCCCCCUAUUCUUCUGUUGCCAGGUCUCUACCACAGCCACAUCUUUUCUUUCUUCAGAGCUCCUCCGUGCUUCUGAUUCCCUGCUAACCGCUGGCAGACACCCCAGCAAUCUCUAAUGCUUUCUCUCUUGUUCCUGUUCCCUGAAGAAAAACUGACAAAACUGACCCUGGAAAAAGCAUGUGUUUGGGGCUUGUUUCCCAAAGGGAGGGCCUGAGGAUGGAAGAAAUGGGAACCCUAGCAGGGUGACUUGCUGGAAACCAAGGGUACUACUCAACCAUGUGAUAUGGUGACUCCAUCCGUCAGGCCAUGACCUAGUGACCUUCAGACAAUCACCCGAGGUGCCCCAGGCAUACCCACAAUGUCUGGGAACUAUGUAAGGGCAGACGACCAGCUACUCCCUGCCCCUGAAACUUCUCCCUGCUCCUAACCUAUUCCUUCCUAGCAACCGACUUUACCUCUCCUCCUUCCUCAAAGGAUCCUUGUUUCUCUGAGCCAAGACUGAAUGAAAUAAAGCCCAUUUCCCAUUCAGACCCCACUCUGUACCUCUAAAAGCAGGUCAUGAGGAAGGAGAAGCUGGGACCUUUCCUUUUCGCAAACCUGGAUCUCAAACAGGCAGGAUUCAGGGCAUUGGAUAUUUGCCUUCAAUAGGUAAACUUCCUGAGAUGAAACUUUCCAGCUGGAAGCUCAGCACCUUGAACUUUAAUUUAUUGAAGUCCCUGUGAUAUGUGCCUUCUUGUCUAGGUAUUGAACUUACUCUUGGGGACACUGGGGAGGGUGGGUGGAAGACAGAACUUCUAGGCCCUCUCUUCCUUCCCCGCGUUGCUAGAACACGAUCCUCCCUCAAGCCUCACUUUCCCGAUGGCCUACGUAGUUAACGCUGGGCUGACUGAGGCUAGCCUGCCAACAAUUAGUGAAUCAUUCACACAAACCUUCCCUCAGUACAUUCACUCAGAAGCUAAGAGCUCACUGCUUGUGAGCUCGCUGCUUGAGAGAAAAGCGGUACAGCAGGAACUUGCUUCUGAAAGAGGGCUCUGGAAAGGGAAGAGUCAAACCCUGACAGAUUCUCUGUAGCCCACGGAGCUUCCCAGCCAUCUCCCUCCUCCUAAGCUGGUCAUGGGUCUGGACACGGGACAGCUCUUUAGAACUGGUCAGAUGCCAGCCCACCUCAUCCUACCUCCCAGAGUAGGAAAGGGCACAGAGAUGUGGCUCCAAGUAGGUAAUGGGCUAAGGCUUUCGAGGCCAACCCAGGAGAGUGGAAAGGCUCCUUGUAUAUUCCAAACUGGGACAGUGGCCAGGUCAGACUCCAAACCCCCAGCCUCAUCCCUGUACAUCCUCUGGUCAACUAACACUUACUGAGGGGAGAGGCUGCCUGCCCUUCCUCAUGGGGGACACACUUCCCUUCAGGAUCUCCUAAGGCUUCAUUUCCAGCUCUAUCAGCAAAAGCCCUUUUUUGCUCCUUCCCUCAGCUUUGAUCUGGGCCUCGUGAAUCUCCCAACUUGUCCUUCUUCCCUAAUCAAGUAGCAGCAUAUACUAACCUGGCUGUCCUACUUGGCAGAAUUACUUGAUAGUGUACCAUAAGAAAAUCUGGCAAGGCCGCUAGAAAAUAUAAAGGAACGGGGCUGUAAAGGAAAACUGCAUUCUCCAAGUCUCUCAGCAUAAAAGCAGGACAAUUAUUGUGCUUCAUAUUUGAUAAUCCCAGGCCGGUACUUGAAACCCAUCAUUGCUGCCAGAAAGUUCUUUCAUAGGUUGUUGUUUUGUAUUGCCAAAUGGAUAUGAUUGAUAAGCAGAUUCAUCUGAGUUCUAUAAAGAAAACAUUAUUGAGCUAACGCAGAUCUGUAUUGCCUUCUUUCCUCUCUUGCAUUAUCCACGCAUUCCUCUGGUCAGUCAGCAAACACGGGUGAACAAAUACAGUGGUGAACAAACAACACAGAGACCUCCUUGCAUUCAUGGAGUUUAAGUUCUCUCUUACGCUCAAUCACCAGGGUUGUGCUCCCCUUUGCAAAACAUGGAUGAGUCCAGAACAGCUGCUUGGUAGGACACCUUGGAGGUCAACCAGUCAAACCUUUUGUUUUAUAGAUUAAAACCGAUGCUGAAAAAGAGGUCUGUCCUGUUCAGCCAACUAGUAAGUUACUGUGGGGUACAUCCUGGAACCCUCGUCCUUUCCUUCCUCUUGCAUACCCUUUAAGGCCCAUGCGUCUCCACCAGAGAGAAGCAGAGGGAGAUCCUGAGAAGUGACAAGGACACGGCGUGGGG